AUGAAUGGAGAUAAUCGAUGGCGAGACCGUAGAGACACGAGGAUUUCAAAGAAGCAGAAGCUCAUUCUCAACGCUGAAGAACAACUCGAGUCCAAACUUGGUUACAAUCUCUUCACCGAAGGUGAAAAACGCCUCGGUUGGCUUCUCACUUUCGCCUCUUCUUCCUGGGAAGAUCAAACUACACAUAAAGUCUACAGUUGCGUUGAUCUCUAUUUCGUUUGUCAGGAUGGAUCAACUUUCAAAGCAAAGUACAAGUUCCGGCCAUAUUUUUAUGCAACCACAAAGGAUAAAAUGGAGAUGGAUGUUGAUGCAUAUUUGAGACGGUGUUAUGAGGGACAUAUUGCUGACAUUGAAAUUGUGGAGAAAGAGGAUCUUGAUCUUGAUCCUAGGAGAAUUGUCUUGAUGCUGGCGGAAAGAGGAGAUGGAUUUAUGUCUGGGAUAAGUCAUAAAACCCAUCUGUCUGGCUUGCGCAAAUCUUAUUUAAAGAUAUCUUUCGAUACGGUGCAACAAUUGAUGCAUGUAAAGAGUGAUCUAAUGCACUUUGUUGAAAGAAACCAGGCAAAGUUUGAUGCUGCUGAAGCAUAUGAAUCCAUAUUGACAGGAAAAAGCAAACAACGACCUCAAAAUUUUAUAGAUUGUAUUGCUGAUCUCCGCGAGUAUGAUGUCCCUUACCACGUUCGCUUUGCAAUUGACAAUGGUGAUGUAAGAUGUGGGCAGUGGUAUGAUGUUUGCAUAUCCAGCGCUGGGCUUAUGCUAGAAAGAAGGGCUGAUCUCCUGCAACGUGCUGAAGUUCAUGUUUGUGCAUUUGAUAUUGAGACCACAAAGCUUCCAUUGAAAUUUCCCGACGCUGAAUAUGAUUCAGUAAUGAUGAUUUCGUACAUGGUUGAUGGACAAGGUUAUCUGAUUAUUAAUAGACAGGAGAUGGCCCUAACAGAUGGGUCAUCUAUUGCAUUUGGAAAAAUAUUCAAUCUGAAAGAAAUCAGUCUGCAUGGUAUCUUAGAUGAGGCCAUGAUUGUUGUUCAAUUUAAGCGGGUGUCAGAAGAUCUUGAAAGUGGAUGGUGUUAUGAUCUUAGGGAUGUGAAUGCUCAGCUUAUCAAGGAAAAUGAGUGUAUAAUCACCAAAAUAGAGUGUGUUGGGGAAGAUAUAGAAGAUUUGGAAUACACUCCAAAACCAGAAUUUGAAGGGUUCUUCAAGAUUACAAAUGUUAAAAAUGAGGAAGAGCUUCUUAGGCAGUGGUUUGCCCAUAUGCAAGACGUGAAGCCUGGUAUAUAUGUCACAUAUAAUGGUGACUUUUUUGAUUGGCCUUUUCUGGAAAGCAGAGCAGCCCAUAAUGGGUUUAGAAUGAGUGAUGAGUUAGGAUUUCUCUGUGACAAGAAUCAAGGGGAAUGUCGUGCUAAAUUUGCAUGCCAUCUGGAUUGUUUUGCUUGGGUCAAACGUGAUAGUUAUCUACCUCAAGGGAGCCAAGGCCUAAAGGCUGUCACAAAGGCUAAGUUGGGGUAUGAUCCACUGGAAGUGAAUCCUGAGGACAUGGUUUGCUUUGCAAAGGAAAGACCCCAGAUAGCUUCAGUCGGUGCUUCAAUCGGUGCUUCAAUCGGUGCUGCCUCUCCACUGCUACACGAUCGAUCGGUGCUGCUCUCCACUGCUUCGAUCGAUGCUGCUUCGAUCAGUGCUGCUCUCCACUGCUACACAAUCGAUCGGUGCUCCUCUCCUCUGCUACACGACCGAUUUGGUGCUGCUCUCGAUUGCUGCUCUCCACUGCUACACGAUCGGUACUGUUCUCCAGUGCUACACUCCAAGGCUUCGAGUUUUCGCUACUUCUACAAGACCGUAGGCUUCGAGUUUUCGCCACUGCUACACGAUCUGGACUGUGGAGGUUAG